AUGAGCGACCGAGGCAUUCUCAGAAAAUACAAAAUCGUCUUCUUGGGCGACCAGAGCGUUGGAAAGACUUCGUUGAUCACGAGGUUCAUGUAUGAUACCUUUGACGAGCAGUACGCUGCGACGAUUGGCAUAGACUUCCUUCUGAAAACCAUGUACUUGGAAGACAACAAGACGGUGCGGUUGCAGCUUUGGGAUACUGCGGGCCAGGAGCGGUUCCGGUCGUUGAUUCCAUCGUACAUUCGUGACUCGCACGUUGCCGUAGUGUGCUACGAUAUCACCAGCAAAAAGUCGUUCAGCAGCUUGGAAAAAUGGGUUAGUGACGUGAGGCUGGAAAGAGGCGACGACGUGAUUGUCGUGAUUGCAGGGAACAAGAGUGAUUUGAGCUCCAAAAGGCAGGUGAGCGUAGAAGAAGCCGAGGAGUUUUGCAAGCAGAUUGGCGGGAAGUUUUUAAUUGAGACGUCAACAAAAGCUAACCACAAUGUGAAGCUUUUGUUUAAGAAGAUCGCCUCGUGCUUGCCUGAGUUCAGCGAGAGCAGCGAGCAGCAGCAGCAGCAGCAGCAGCAGGCAGAGACCGUGGACGUGAGCAUCGACACGAGCGGUCCACAAGGAUCUACCAGUUGUUGCUGA